AUGUGGAAGGAACAGAAAAGAUGGUUUGGAUCCGUUUUAAGGGAGCGAAUUUCGGCUGUAAUUGAAACUGUCGUCUCUAAGAGCGAAGUUGCUGCUCUUUGCUGGUGGCAGUGGUGGUGGCGUUGGUGAGGCAGUGCCUCAAUGUCGGUGCAAAAAGCUGACCAAAGCCUGGUCGACGUCGUUUUAGGCUUUGGCCUUGUUUCUCCGAUGUGAUCUCUGUUUCUCUGAUCUUUUUUUUGUGCGGUUUUUUCAUUGAUUCAUUUCAAAGAUCGGAAGAUUGUAGCAUUUUAGCUGGUUGGGUUUGCAACGCUCUCUGUUCCUCCUGGUUGAGUUGAAUAGUGAAGGAAAGGAUUGAUAUGCACCUUUGAAUUAAGAUGUCCCUCAAAAGCAUUGUGCGUGAGCUGAGGGAAAUGACAGAUGGAAUUGGAAGCAUAUCAAGGCGGCGGGUUGAUGGGAAGCCUUGGCGCGGACGUGGCAGGGCAAGGUCACAUAUUGCACCAGAUGAAACUCCACCUGAAUCAGAGCCGAUUGAACAGGGCCAGUGGGCAAAUCUACCACCAGAACUGCUAUUGGAUAUCAUUAGAAGGGUAGAAGAAAGUGAGACCUUGUGGCCUGCUCGUGCUGUUGUUGUUUCUUGUGCUUUGGUUUGUAGGUCAUGGAGGGAAGUCACAAAGGAAAUUGUCAAAACUCCUGAGCAAUGUGGGAGGCUAACAUUUCCCAUCUCGUUGAAGCAGCCGGGUUCUCGAGAGUCUCCCAUACAGUGCUUUAUUAGAAGAGAUGCUGCAACUUGUUCAUAUCUAUUGUACUAUGGUUUGGUUCCAUCUGAGACCGAGAGUGACAAAUUGCUAUUAGCUGCCAAAAAGAUCAGAAGAGCAACAUGCACAGACUUCAUUAUAUCAUUGGUUGCGGAUGAUUUUUCUCGCACCAGCAGCACUUAUGUUGGUAAACUGAGGUCUAACUUUUUAGGAACCAAAUUCACCAUAUUCGAUAGUCAACCUACAUGUGAAGUGCCAAUUCAACCAGCUAGCAGGACGCUUCGCAGAUUCCAUUCUAGGCAGGUUUCUCCAAAAUUACCUGCAUCUUCUUACUACAAGGGCACUAUCACAUAUGAACUCAAUGUUCUCCGCACGAGAGGGCCAAGGAGAAUGCAUUGCAUUAUGCACUCCAUUCCUGUCUCUUCCAUUGAGGAGGGGGGCACUGCCCCAACACCAACAUCAUUCCCAGAGAAUUUUGAUGAUCGAUUAUCUUUCUCAUCAGCUUCAAAAGGAAAGGAACCAUUCUCAGAUGUGAGUUUGGCAACCCCCUCAGAGUCACCAGCAAUAGUCCAUGGCUCUGCAGAGCCAUUAAUACUUAAAAACAAGGCCCCUAGAUGGCACGAACAGCUACAGUGCUGGUGUCUGAAUUUCCGAGGGCGUGUUACUGUUGCUUCUGUUAAGAAUUUUCAGCUUGUUGCUGCUGUUGAGCCAUCCCACAACAUUUCAGCAGAAGAGCAAGAGAAAGUGAUCUUACAAUUUGGAAAAAUUGGAAAAGACAUCUUCACUAUGGAUUAUCGUUACCCACUUUCUGCCUUUCAAGCCUUUGCAAUCUGCCUGAGCAGCUUCGACACCAAACCAGCAUGUGAAUGAUAUGGUGCCUGAAAAAUCGUUACCAUAGUUUGCUGAAUUGCUUCCUCACUUUUGAAACACAUGCACUCUAUGUGUAGCUCAUCAUGCAUGACCUUUGCAGCUGAUAUUAGUGGCUUGAUCUGUAUUUCUUCUGAUCAUCAAAUUUGACUUGUACUUUGUUUCAUCAACUGAACGCUAAUGCUAAAUUAAAGAAGUUCAAUGUACUGUAUCUGUAUAAUUGUGCAGUAUUCCCUUUAA